ACACAUAAGAGUGUGCAAAAACAAUUGUUUUGUAAAACGUGUCAUGAGGCCAUAAAUUACUAAUAACACAUGUAUAAUGCAUAUUGUAUAUGAUAUCAUACUGUUACAUUGAUUGUUUUACGGUAACAUGUGUUUCUUGGAGAACUAGCGUGUACAACACAAGAGUUAUGGCAGAAGCUAUGACAAUCAGUAAAAGGACAAUUUCUCCAUAUCCAACACUAACGGAAAUCGAACAUACCAGAAAUGUAUUUGUAACCCGUUUUGUUGCAAGAUUUGUCCAAAAACAUCGGAAGUAUACAAAACUGCUUCAUGAGAAUGGAGCAUCACUUCCGGAAGCGUUAAGUAACUGUUCAGUAAAUUUCUGUGCAACUUUUGAAGACGAAGUUGAAAUGAUUGUAAGUGAAAAAAGAAACAAAAUAAAGAAUGCAUGUCGGAUGAAAGGUGCAUAUAGUAUAAAAGGACUUUUCCGUCAAAUUUAUCAGAUUGUACGUCGUGCAAGGGCUUCACGAAUAGAGUGUAAAUUACUAGAUAUUCCUAAUCAUGACCUAAUGGAAACAUUGGGAGAUAUUGCGUCCGAAUUAGGGUUUGCGUUUGAAUACCAAAUCGCCGUGUUGAAAUCGGAAGCGGAAGUACGUCUGCUCGCAGACCAUGCUGUUAGUUGUACUAUGAACUAUUUGAAACAGUCUGAUGCAACGCUUAAUAGAUGCCACAUCUUGGAAGCAGUCACAGAUGUUCAACCGAAGAAAAGUUUAAGUCGUGCUGAGAAAGUAUGUACACGAAUUCAAAAGAUGGACAAUAUGAAAGUAACAAAGACUCAAAAAUGGCGCCUUUCUGAAAUUUUUAAACAACCAGGUCUUCGUAUACCCGAUACUGACGGGUUAGGUUAUAACUUUUUAGGAUGUUUUACGCCUUAUGGCAGUUUAUGCAGACCAGAUAAAUAUGGAUUUCGUGGUCCACUCCACGUAUGGGACGAGAAAACAUCAGGCUAUGCUCUUCUGUACAACGAUCAAGUGUCGUGCAAUAGCGUCCAUCGUAGAGAAAUAGAACGCAAUAUUAAAGAUAUUCACCAAAAUUAUCAACCAAUUCAACUUUGUUCACACGUAUGUUUAAGUAAUAAGAUGACCAAAGAAAACAUCGAAUGCAAACGAGAUUCAACUUGUACAGCAAAUAAACAGAGUACUGAAUCACCCGACUGUUCCCCUGUCUAUGACACUACUUGUGUCGAUAUUAAAGAUAUAACCUUAAGCCAAGAUAGCGAAAAUAUUCCUUCCGAACAAGCACCGAUGAUAAACCGACACAGCUCUAACGAUAACAUUAACAAUGUUUUGUUUUAAUACAAACACAGCGAACUCGGUCGGCUCUAUCGAUGACACAGCUGGUAAAGUCAUAACCGACAGAAACGGGAAUACAUCCACUCCAAGACUCAUUCACAGCGACAUUGAAAACGACAAUGUGGUAAUUUCUUCAAACGACGGCGGCUCAAAAGAUUCCGUUGAAGUAACAGACGUAAUUUUCGUCGAGUCUUUCAAUAGUUCCCACCAAAGACUAACUGCAACAAAUAGUGAUGUAGAAAACAGUAAUAUAGUCAACAAUAGUGACGGACAAAAGUCACCAUUAAAAACUAACUUAAAUGACGACGUACGAGUAACUACAUAAUCUAUUAGUCUUCUGGAUAAAAUAGUUAUUUUUAAGUUACAUUAAGUUUUAAAUACAAGAAAGUUAACGAACCAGAUACUAUGUGAAAUCGAUUGUCUUAUUAUGUAUUUUAUUGUGUAGAUAUGAAAUAUCCGAUUACGACUUGUCACCAGAAUUUUACACAAACUAGUCUAUAACUGUUGUAUUUGCUCACAAGUUUUACCAAAUUAUAUUUAGUCUUCUCCUUUAUAAGCAUGCGCAGUUGAGUAGAUCUGCCUUGAGGUAUUAAUAAGUAGAUCAAAUUACACACGGGGUACAAGAAAGUUAUAUAAAAACAUUAGAUUUGAAAAAAAAUGAAAUUACUUAUCAAUGGAAUUCUGUAGACACGAUGAUUUUGUUUGCUCGUGUCUUAUUUGAUUAUACUAUUAUACUACUAGGAAUCGUUUUGAUUUUUUUAUGAAGUAAAGUCGUCAUAAAAUA